GUGGACUUGGCCUCUUGGAGAACGUCGCUUCUCGGCGGCUGGGCUCCGCGGGCCGCAUCGCGGGGAAGCGGGAGCCCAGCGGAGGCGGAGGGGGCGCGGCGCCAUGGCCGAGAGGCAGGACAUGUUCGACGCCAUCGUGAUGGCGGACGAGCGAUUCCAUGGCGAGGGCUUCCGGGAAGGCUAUGAGGAAGGCAGCACUUUGGGCAGAAUUGAAGGAAGGCGGUAUGGCACAGUACAUGGGGCCAGAGUGGGAUCGGAGAUUGGUUGCUACCAAGGCUUUGCUCUGGCGUGGAAGUGUCUCUUACACAGUGGCAGGGCCGGGAGAGACAGCAGGAAGGUGAAGGUGGCGGAGGCCUUGAUUGGAAUGAUAGAGAAUUUUCCCUAUGAGGAUGCCACGUACGAUAAACUGCACGAGGACUUGGACUGCAUCCGGGGGAAAUUUAAACAGCUUUGUUCCUUGCUCAACGUUCAGCCUGACUUUAAAAUCACCACGGAAGGUUCUGGACUUUCAUUUUGAGAAUGACAGAUGAGCAGAAAAGAAAUCUCAAGGGACAGAUGUCUGUGUGUUCUGCGUUCGCAGACGUGAUUAAAGGCAAACAAAGCGGCCAGGGUCCCCGCCCGGCCUCCUUCCCUGAGCUUUUGCCUGGGUCACCGAGAUGGCCACGCCCCCUCCCGCCUGCCCCCUGCGGGCUGCUGGGGUCUGUCCAGAGCUGGAGCUUCAGCUGGCCCUGGGCCGGGCGGGCUGAGACCAAGCCUUACUUAGGGAAGCACUGUUGGGGGGAAAGGAGAGGCAGGACAGGGUGAGGUCAGUCCAUGGCCACUGGCACAGCAGUGGGUAUGUCUGUUGCCUGGGACGGAUGAGAUGGACGGCAGGGCUGGCCCGUGAGGGCCCUGUGGUGGAGCCCAGCUGCCCCUGAGGGUCCACCACGAGCCUCGUCCAGCCAGCGCGGAUGACACCUGUGUGUGCCCUGGCCUCGGGCUCAGCCAGGGCAAGGAUCCUGGCCGUGCGUGGGCCUCGCCUUCGGGCCGCUGCGGUCUGAAGCUCUCUGGGGCCGCAGCGAGGCCCAUCAGUGGGGCCCCUGCGCCCGUGCAGCCCGUGUUUCCUGUUGGACAGUGUCGACGUGGCUGGCCACCGCUGCACACGCGCGUGCCCGCUCUGUUCUGAGAGAACACCUGGGACUCGUGACCUUCCCACCGCCUCUGGGACCCGCGGGGUGAGCGGCGGGAGCCACCAAGACAGCAGCUCUUAAGAUUCCGGGACAUCUUGGUGGACGCCCGCAGCUGGGUCCAGGGGGCGGGAGACCACCCUCCCCCAGGCCCAGACCACCCUCACAGAGAGCCAGGAGAGGGUGGUGUGCCCCGGUCCCCAGCACCGGCCACAUGCCCUGUGUGCGUGUCCAGGGGCUCUUGGCUGUGGCUUUCCUUGGCGUGUUCUUGUAUGUUCUGUUACUAGUGUGCGUAGUGUGUUUUCUAACGAGGAAAAAAUAAACAGACUUUCGCACACA